GACUUCUCACUAAUGGCCAAUCUAAAGGAUUAGGACCGGGAUCAGAACAGCUGGAGAAUGAGAAGGAUGAUGCAUCGCAGGUGUCCUCAACAAGCAAUGAUGUUAGUUCUUCAGAUUUUGAAGAAGGGCCCUCGAGGAAAAGGCCAAGGCUGCAAGCACAAAGGAAGUUUGCUCAGUCCCAGCCAAACAGUCCCAGCACAACUCCAAUAAAGAUAGUGGAGCCGUUGUUACCCCCCUCCUGCCACUCAGAUUUCUGACCUCUCCAAAAGGAAGCCCAAGACAGAAGAUUUUCUCACAUUCCUCUGUCUUCGAGGUUCUCCAGCCCUGCCCAGCAACAUGGUAUAUUUUGGAAGCUCUCAGGAUGAUGAGGAUGAAGAAGAGGAGGAGGAGGAGACAGAGGACGCAAAAACAGCCACAAACAAUGCUUCAUCAUCAUGCCAGUCAACCCCCAGGAAAGGAAAAACACAUAAACAUGUACCAAAUGGGCAAGUUUUCAAUGGGUCCAGCAAAUCAUCGAAGGAGAAAGAACCUGCUCAGAAACACAAAAGCAAAGAGGCCACACCAGGGAAGGAGAGGAACAGCGAACAUAAGGCUGAGAGCCGAAAAGACCAGGCUGCUGCUAAUCACCAUCCUACUGCAAACACUGGCUCCUCUACGAAAGGGCUCACCGCUAACAGCAACCACCACACUCUUCAUAGAUCGGCUCAGGACUUAAGGAAACAGGUUUCUAAAGUCAAUGGAAUCACUCGAAUGUCAUCUCCGAGUGCAAAUGCAGCCAGUGCCAAAAAGAUGAGAGAGGUCAGACCUUCACCGUCCAAAACUGUGAAGUACACUGCAACAGUGACAAAGGGAACUGUCACAUACACCAAAGCCAAGAAAGAACUGGUCAAGGAAACCAAACUAAAUCACCACAAACCCAGUUCACCUGUCAACCACACAAUCUCAGGGAAAAUAGAAAGUAGCAAUGCAAAAACCCGCAAACAGGUGCUAUCCCUUGGAGCAUCCAAGUCUAACAAUGCCGCUGUUAAUGGUGUAAAAGUCAAUGGCAAGUUGAACCAAAAGACAUGCACUAAGGAGGUGGGGAGACAGUUAAGGGAGGGGCUGCGCAAUUCGAAGAGGAGGCUGGAAGAGACGAAUCACAUAGACAAAAUACAGUCGCCCACCAAGAGAAUGAAAGGGGCCAUCAACUUGGCAGAAGCUGCCAGCAAAAAGGCAGCCGUAGAAAAGCCUUUGCUGAAUGGACACCUUAAAAAGGAAGUGCCAGAGAAGAGUUUGGAAAGAAAUAGGCCGAAAAGAGCCACUGCUGGAAAGAGUACGCCAGGGAAACAAGCACAUGGCAAAACUGAAAAUGCCUCCUGUGAAAAUCGUUCUACCUCUCAAGCGGAGUCCUUGCACAAGCCACAAGACUCAAUGGGAAAGCACGAAAAGGGCAGUAGUAAGUCUGGGUGGGGGAUGCUGGGGGAGAUUCCCAUCCUUAGGCCCUCCACCAAGGAAUUUCAUGACCCACUGAUAUACAUUGAGUCAGUCCGAGCUCAGGUAGAGAAGUAUGGGAUGUGCAGGGUGAUUCCUCCUCCAGACUGGAGACCUGAGUGCAAGCUAAAUGAUGAAAUGCGGUUUGUGACACAGAUUCAGCACAUACACAAGCUAGGCAGGCGCUGGGGACCCAACGUGCAGCGGCUGGCCUGUAUCAAGAAGCACCUCAAAUCUCAGGGCAUUACCAUGGACGAACUCCCACUCAUAGGAGGCUGUGAGCUCGACCUGGCCUGCUUCGUCCAGCUGAUCAACGAGAUGGGGGGGAUGCAGCAAGUGACUGACCUCAAGAAAUGGAACAAGCUGGCAGACAUGCUGCGCAUCCCCAAAACUGCACAGGACAGGCUGGCCAAGCUGCAAGAAGCCUACUGCCAGUACUUGCUCUCCUACGACUCCCUCUCCCCCGAGGAGCACAAGAAACUGGAGAAGGAGGUCUUGCUGGAAAAGGAAAUCUUGGAGAAGAGGAAAGGACCUUUGGAGGGACAUUCGGAGAAUGCCUACAAGUUCCAUUCCUUGCCCCGGUUUGAGCCCAAAAACGGACUCAUCAACGGCGUGGUUCACAAAAAUGGCUUCCGCAACAAGUUGAAAGAAGUUGACGUCCCACUGAAGACGGGCAGGCGGCGGCUCUUUGCUCAGGAAAAGGAGACCACGAAGGAGGACGAGGAGGAGGAGGAGGGAGUUCUUAGCGACUUACACAAGUGUAUAUACAAGGGUAGGUCUGUUUCUUUAACAACCUUCUACCGAACAGCAAGAAACAUCAUGAACAUGUGCUUCACAAAGGAGCCUACAGUAGCUGAAGUAGAGCAAGAAUAUUGGCGGAUAGUGGAACAGAAAGAUUGCCACGUAGCAGUGCAUUGUGGAAAAGUAGAUACCAACACCCACGGGAGUGGCUUUCCUGUGGGAAAAUCUGAACCAUUUUCAAGGCAUGGGUGGAACCUCACAGUCCUUCCUAAUAAUACAGGAUCCAUCCUGCGACAUCUUGGUGCUGUGCCUGGAGUGACAAUUCCUUGGCUAAAUAUUGGCAUGGUCUUUUCUACCUCAUGCUGGUCUCGAGACCAAAAUCACCUUCCAUACAUUGACUACUUACACACUGGUGCUGAUUGCAUUUGGUAUUGCAUUCCUGCUGCGGAGGAGAACAAACUUGAUGAUGUGGUACAUACCCUGCUGCAAGCCAAUGGCACUCCAGGGCUGGAAAUGCUUGAAAGUAAUGUAAUGAUCUCCCCAGAAAUCUUGUGUAAGGAGGGGAUCAGGGUGCACCGUACUGUACAGCAGAGCGGGCAGUUUGUGGUCUGUUUUCCUGGAUCCUUUGUGUCCAAAGUGUGUUGUGGCUAUAGUGUCUCUGAAACAGUUCACUUUGCUACCACCCAGUGGACAAGUAUGGGCUUUAAAACAGCCAAGGAAAUGAAGAGACGACGUAUAGCCAAACCAUUUUCAAUGGAAAAGUUACUUUAUCAGAUUGCAACAGCAGAAGCAAAAAAGGAAAAUGGACCGACUCUGAGUACAAUAUCAUCACUUCUUGGAGAGCUCAGGGACACGGAGCUGAGGCAGCGGCGGCAGCUUUACGAGGCAGGUCUCCAUUCUUCAGCGCGCUACGGCAGCCACGACAGCAGCAGCAUGGGGAUGGAUGGAAAGAAAAAGCCUCGAAAGUGGUUGCAGUUAGAGACGUCAGAGAGAAGAUGUCAGAUUUGUCAGCACCUGUGCUAUCUGUCCAUGGUUGUACAGGAGAAUGAAAAUGUUGUCUUCUGCUUGGAGUGUGCCCUGCGGCAUGUGGAAAAACAGAAGUCUUGUCGGGGACUGAAAAUGAUGUACCGUUACGAUGAGGAACAAAUCAUCAGUCUAGUCAAUCAAAUCUGUGGAAAAGUAUCUGGUAAAAAUGGCAGCAUUGAGAACUGUAUCAGCAAGCCUACACCAAAAAGAGGACCUCGUAAGAGAGCGACAGUUGACGUGCCAUCAUCUAGGCUUUCAUCCUCCAGUUCAUCCAAAAGUGCUUCAAGUUAAUCCUGAAGAUGCCAACACUCUCAUUUUGUCAAUUUAUAUAUAUUUUUUGUAAUUAUUAUACCAUAGUUUGGAGUACUUGCUGUAGAAUACAAGCUGUCUUUGCACUAGCUCUAAAGAAGAUUUUCUUCUGGUUUUAGAGAACUAAUUUUGUUUUAGCAUUAAACUGUUGAAUUUUUUUUUUUUUUGUACUUAGAAUAGAUAGAUACAGCAGUCUGAUUUUUUUAAACUGCCGUAUGUUCACUGUUUUAAAACCGGCAAGGGGCUGAUAAAAUAUUAAUUUGUAUUGUCCCUAUGGCUGAAAAAAUAAAAAGCCUUUUUGGUAACUGUGAAAAAAGGCUUUUAACCCAUUUUUUGAAUAGGUUAAAGUUUGAUGUGUUUUAUAAUUUGUUCUCCAGUCAUGUGAGCAGAUUUUUCUAGAGAGAAAAGGGAUAGGAGACAAAAACUUGAAAGAAAUUGCUUUACUUUGGCUGUCUUUUAUUCUGUCACGGCAAGAUGAGUUUUGUAAUUUUUUAAAUUGGAGAAUACACACUUUCUUUGGGAGGUUAUGGCAGCUGAAGAUGGACUUUGUUUCCUAACUGUAGGCAAAAGGAGGAGAUUUGGAGUAUGUUCUCUUUUACCAGCACAUCACUAUGCAUCUGUUUUGAGGGGGAAAAAAUAAAAACUUUAAAAAAAAAAAAAAAAAAAAAAAAAGGAGGAAAAAAGACUGCCUGCCUUGAGGAGUCAUGUGAGGGAAAACUGUGCCUGAUUUCAUUAGGAAAUCCAUUCUGUUAUUUUUUGGUGCUGUUGGCUACUUUAUUAAAAACCCUUCAAUAGCAUCCUUUAAAAAAAAAAAAAAAGAAAAAAGAAAAAAAGUGAUUGAAGCCAUAAGUGCUUCUUUUGUCAUAGACGUGCAAUCUUUCUAACAUUCCAUUUCCAUUCCACUGCUGUUUUCACACCUUUACACAGUCCAGCAUUAAUUUUUGUUUUGAAUUCGUUUCAUUAUAUGAUCACAUCUAGAGCCACUAGCAGGUCUGCAUAUUUCUUUUGAAUGUGAAAAUGCAUUUGCUUUCAUCUUGUCUAUUUUUUCUCUUCAUGUUGUAACAAAAAAAAAAUCACACCUUUUGUACAUAUGCCUGUAAAUUUUUUUAAAUACUUGAGCCUUUUCUUGGGGUGGGGGGAGGGAUGGCGAAGAGACAAGAUGAAGAAAAGCCUUACGUUUCACUUUCUUCAUCGGUUGGAUUGGAUGCUUACAGGGUUUUUCUUGUAACAUUUAUAAGUGCUGCUUACAUCACUGAACAACAACAAAAAAUAAUAAUGGAGUAGCUGUUGCCCUUUUCUGGUUGUGUGUACAGUAUGUGUGGAAUAAAAAAGGGAAAAUGUUUUCACAAACUGUUUUGUUUCGUAAUUGAAUUCAACAAUACCGUAGCUACCCAUAUUGCACUGAGCUUGCCAGUGGUGACUGUCAGGAAAGUCCUAUAAUACAAUUUGUUGGUUGUUGUUGCAGAAGACUGAACUGUUUUGGAAUAUUUAACAAUAACAUAAACAGAGUCAAGUGUUUUCAAAUGUGGUUGUCUGGUUUUUAUGGCCUUGCUGUGUACUUUUCCCUCUUGACAGUAAACUUCUGACUAUGGCUUACAGUUUGACAUUUAAUUUAUUAGCGCUGCUCUGCUCUCUUUCCUUGUAAGGAAAGACUUCAUGUUGUUUAUUGCCAGUUUUUUGUUUACUUUCCAGGUUUGUACUACGAGGUUUAAUAAAAAAAACAAAACUUUUUUGGA